GUGUGUUGUCAGGGAGACGGACCACAGUCUUCGUCUGCUGCCUCAGUUCAGUGUGGACACUGGGAUGGGUCUGGAGAGACUGGUGAGCGUCCUGCAGGGAAAAAGAUCAAACUACGACACCGACCUGUUCACCCCCCUGCUCCACGCCAUCCACCAGAGGUCAAAGGUUGGGGCGUACGGCGUCCUGACGGGUGCAGCUGACCAGAGGAAGGUGGACAUGGCGUACAGGGUGGUGGCCGAUCACAUCCGCACUCUAUCAGUCUGCAUUGCAGACGGCGUUCAUCCCGGCAUGUCGGGAGCCGAGUUGGUGUUGAGGAGGAUUUUACGCAGAGCAGUUCGUUUUUGUGUCGAGGUCCUCCAGGCUCCUCAGGGAGCGCUGGCCAGCCUGGUUCCUACGGUUGCCCACACCCUGGGUGGCGUGUAUCCUGAGCUCCACACGGAGGUCGACCGAAUCAUGGACAUCGUUAACGAGAAUGAGGCUCACUUCCUGUCGUCUCUGCAGCAGGGCAGCAGGCUCAUCCACCGCACGCUCAACAAAAUGGACUACAAACAUGGAGUCUUCCCUG